AUGAUCUCUCAACACGUUUUCAGCGUGCUGGUUGCGCUACCGUUCCUGGUGGUGCUGAAGUACUUGGCACGGUUGGUGCCGUAUGAAAAGCAGGUAAGUUUUAAGUUUUUUAAAUUUGAAUUUGAUUUUUAAAAAACUUGUAAACAAGGUAGUAAGUGCAUCUAAGGGUCUAAGGGCUUACAAAUCUUCGCUAGGCCAAGAAUUUCUUUGUAAACCCGAGGUCCCGAUCUUUAGGCUUAUAUGUGCUGAAACAAGAAAGAAUGUAUUUUUUACAGUAAAAUACAUGCUGUACUGUUACAAAUUAAAAAAUUUUUUUCAUUUAGAAGUUUUUAUAAGGAUUCAACUUUGAGCGGUACGUAUUUUACAUUUUCAGGGCUUUUUUUGCGAUGACAAUGAGAUUCGAUUGCCAUACCGAGAAGAUACAAUUGGAACCAACACUAUGUUGGUUGUGUUUGGCAUUGUUGCUGUUAUUUUAGUAAGUUAACACUUCUGAAAUAUUGUGCUUUGUAAAAUACGGCAUUGUCAUUCUUCUGUGACAAAUUUUUAAAAUAAAAAAUUUUUAAAAAAUAGAUGUUUGAUGCCCAAAAUACUCGUAUUUUACCAUAGCCAAUAAUGUUUUAAAUUUAAAAAAAUAAUUUUUCAAAUUUACAGAUGACGAUAUCAGAGUACUCAUUGGUAAAGCAUUUGUCAAAGAAAGGAAAACGAAUUGUGACGGAAAACAACAAAGUCCAUCCUGUUAUAUUGACAAUUUUGUUUUUCUUAAGUAAGUUUGUUUACUUAAUUUUUCGAGAGCUUGAGCUUUAGCCUCAGCCUGACCUUGAGCCCAAGCUUGAGCUUGAGCCUGCGCUUGAGCUUAAAACUGAGCUUGGGGUUGAGCUUGAGAUUGAGCUUCACCUUGAGCCUAAGCCAGAAUCUAAGCUUGAAUCUGAGCCUGCGCCUAAGCCUGAGCCUGAGCCUGAGCCUGAGCCUGAGCCUGAGCCUGAGCCUGAGCCUGAGCCUGAGCCUGAGCCUGAGCUUGAGCCUGAGCUUGAGCUUACGCUUCAGGUUGAGCGUGAGCGUGAGCUUGAGCCUUAAUCGUAGCCUUUUCUUUUGCUUCAGUCUUAGCCUUACAUUUAAUCAACCCUUAAUUUUAUAGUCCUAGUUAAAUCAUGCUUUAACUUUGUAUAAAUUUUCUUACAAGCUCAACUUUGUGAUCCCAACUAUAUUCCGGCGUAUUUUACUCAACACAAAAAAUAUUUUUCAAUUUUUUCAGUAUGCAUUAUAACCAACGUGUUCUGCAUUCAAACAACCGUUGGUUUUUCCAAACGUACCGUUUCAAAACUACGACCAAAUUUCAUCGCCGUCUGUCAGCCAGAUUUGGUGAAGUUGUGUAGUAAUGAGAAUGCUCAUAAAUUCAUCAAUGAUUACAAAUGCUAUGGUGAAUUUCGGGAAGAUGAAUAUUACAGUUUUCCUAGUGGACACUCGGCUCAUGCUGUCAAUUUUGGCGUCUUUAUGAUUGUAGGUUUGACAUUUUUUUGAGCUAUGAUGUAUGUUAAUUUAGGAGGAGGGGGAAGAGAAAUAUUUUUCUUUAUUUUAAAAAAGUUUGAUUUAAAUAAAUUAAAAAAAAAUUUUUUGUCGUUUUUUCCCGUUGAAUGUAAUGCAAAUUGAAGACUUUUUCAAUCUUUUCAAAUUGCAUGGAAGAGAUAGAAGCAUCGUAUUUUACAAAAAAAAUCGUUUUUUCAAGUUAAAAAUUUCAGUUCUACCUCCAACGUCGCUACAAAUUUCGUGAGCCAAGUCGUGCCUUCCUCCAGCUAGGCCUCUUCUUCAUAACCGUAUUCAUCUGCCUGAGUCGAGUACGUGACAAUAAGCAUAGAUUGUCGGAUGUAAUGGGUGGUGCUGCUGUUGGUGCACUAUUCGCCUGGUUCUUCUUACGACAUGUCCUAUAUGACUUUAGAUUGAACAGAUAUGAAACUGUGGACACGGAAAGGAUGGCUGAUAAGUACGAAGGGUACCACAAGACUGGGUAUGAGGCUGUGUGA